GGAGAAGAAGAAAUAGCAUAAUUAAAAAAAAAAAUAGAAAAUAAUCUGUUUUCACCAUUCAUCUUUUACACAGAUUAAAAAAAAAGCGAUGUCCGAUUUACUCAAGCUUAUGGAAGAAUAUAUCGAAGCUGAUCGAUACCCAAGCUUGAUAAAAUUCUGUUCUGGUAACGAAGGGCUUGUAAAGUCAUACAUUAGACAUUUUGACACGGCUGCUGCAGCAAAAAAAAACCUGCAAAAUAAAAUGGGACUGGCUCAUCACAAUGUCCACAAGGGCAAGAAAAGAAGCCCUGGUUUGCAGGUUGACGUCGAUACAUUAUUUGCAGAGGCAAAAGCUGCUACCGCCAUUACAGUAGCUGGUUGGGAAAGCUUGGCUGCUUCAGUAGAGCAAGCACAAGAAAAAUUAACAUCAACUCAGGCCGAGGGCAAUGAAGUUGAGAGUGCCCAUGAGAAUGCUGAAGAUGGACAGACUGAUGAGGGCUAUCCAACUUUGUUGGAUCAAUUUGUUCAGUAUAAAAAGGCAGCUGAGCUCAUAGCGAAGGAAAGAGGUUUCUACGUCGAUGGCAACCUUCAUGAAAUCGCCUGUUUGAAUGAUGUUUUGUUCUUGAAAGAGAACGAAUACAGCGAUGAGCAACUCAGCCAUUUUGGUUUUACAAACUUGGAAGAACUUCGUGGUCAUAUAAUCGAAGAAUAUAUGGAUCAAAAUGAGAAAUUCGAUGACUCUUUUUUUCAUCAAAUUUCUGAAAUUUUGAGGAAUUUCCGUCCUCAAGACGGUAGAAGACGAGCGAAACAACAACUUAACGAGUUGUUAAAAGGAGCCGAUGAUGUGGAUUAUAAAUUAAUCGAAAUCCUGAUCAACUGCUUUAACAAACUCCCUCUCUUCAGCCGGUUGGAUGAAGAAAUUGGUGAAGCAGAAUUGCAAGGCAAUUAUAUUGACCCCAUCGUUUAUCCUAUGUUUCACGACCCAGAAGAUAACAUCUAUUUUCGAUGGCUAAAUAGACAAACUCAAGAUACGGAAGCAAGAAGACCAGAUGGUCACAUCUACAAGAUGAAACAGAGGAGAAUUGUUUGCUCAGUUGGAUUUGUGGAAGUUAAAGCUGAAAAAAGCAAUUCCCUCAAACAACAUGAAGAUAUGCUUAGACUCAUCGCCUUUUGUAAGGACGCUCUAGAAAAUCAAAGUAGAAAAGAAACUAUGAUUGCUGUGCAAGUUGUUGGAUGUUAUAUCUCCUUCUAUAUUUUUGUUCGCGUAGAUGGCUUAUAUUUGAUGGUUGACCUAUUAUCGUUCGAAACAGCGAAGCAUAUUGGUGAACUUCCGCUGCUGCUCAAUUUUUUCGAUAAGUUGAAGCGAAUAAUGAUUUGCAGUAGGGUUAAUGGCCUCGCAAAUCAAGAAAUGAAUAGAAAAAGAAAUUCAAGUGUAGACCAGGCAACACUUCUAAGGAUCAGUAAUAUCAAGAAACCGAGAAGUUUAUCAGCCUCCUUGUCAUUCAAAAAAUAAAUACUUUGAAAAUUGUAUUUUUAAGCGGAUUAUACUCUUCUACUCUCUCUUCAUUAUUAUUAUAUCUAUAGACUUAUUCCUUUUCACUUUACUGUAUAUGCUAUAGUGAACAUAAAAACUAUAAGAAUAAAGAAACAUACUACUAUAAGC